AGAACUGUGUACAAGGUUGUGCCAGCAGGACAAUCAGCAUACAACAAUAGCAGCACAACCCAUCCCGAUACCACAUUUUUUGAAGGGAGUAGAAACCAAGUGAAUGGGAGUGAAGAAAGCACCUGGAUGUUACUUCCUGGGACACUACCAUGAGGAAGAGGUGUUUUCAACCUUCUUCUAGUGGGUAACAAAUCGGAUAAGCGUUACUCUCGAUGUACUGACCCACGCCAUCACUUCCACGAUGAGAUAUAUGGUCAUCAACUGAGUGUGCUCAGCAUAACCCGCACAACACAGGGCUCCACAACAUUUUUAUUCCAGAGUUACUGAAGACCAGACCAGUUUCAUGGCCCCGGCCUGACCAACACCCUGCAGACCAACACCGUCGACUUGCUGCUUCUCCAGCUGGACCAACACACCAUGGAAAACCAUACCGUGGAUUUCCCUGACCUGGCUGUAACAACAGAAUUUGAGUAUGGCGAUUCAGCACCAUGCACGGGGACUGAGGAAAAGCACUUUGCAGCUAAACUUCUGCCACCACUUUAUUCUUUGGUGGUAAUAUUUGGCCUCACAGGCAACAUGCUCGUUAUCCUUAUCCUGAUAAAAUACAAGAGAUUGAAGAGUAUGACUGACAUCUACCUGCUCAAUCUGGCAAUUUCUGAUUUGCUCUUUAUAUUUUCUCUUCCCUUUUGGGCCUACUAUGCUGUUCAUGACUGGAUUUUUGGGGAAGCGUUGUGCAGAAUUCUCUCAGGUGUCUACCUCCUCGGCUUCUACAGUGGCAUCUUUUUCAUAAUCCUCUUGACCAUAGACAGGUAUCUGGCCAUAGUGCACGCAGUGUUUGCUUUGAAAGCGAGGACAGUUACCUACGGCAUCCUUGCCAGCAUUGUCACUUGGGCUGUUGCUAUGCUUGCCUCUGUUCCUGGGAUAGUGUUUCACAAAACGCAGAAGGAAAAUUCACAGUAUACAUGCAGUGCUCAUUACCCAUCAGAUCAGAGAAAUGUAUGGAAGCAAUUCCUGACCUUAAAAAUGAACAUCCUGGGACUUGUUAUUCCAAUGUUGAUUAUGAUCUGCAGCUACACACAAAUUAUAAAGACAUUACUCCAAUGUAGGAAUGAGAAGAAACAUAAAGCAGUCAGGCUGAUUUUUAUCAUCAUGAUUGUCUACUUUUUCUUCUGGGCACCAUAUAACAUUUGUAUUCUCUUGCGUGACUUUCAAGGUUCAUUUUCCAUCUCUAGUUGUGAAGGCAGUGGGCAACUGCACAAAGCAACCCAAGUGACAGAAACCAUUUCAAUGAUCCACUGUUGUAUCAACCCUGUGAUUUAUGCCUUUGCUGGAGAAAAAUUUAGAAAAUAUCUUCAUAGCUUUUUCCGAAAGCAAAUUGCAUCCCACUUUUCUAAAUACUGUCCAGUUUUCUAUGUUGACCCAUCUGAACGUGCUAGCUCCACCUACACGCAAUCUACUGGAGAACAAGAAGUUUCUGCUGCAUUGUAAGUUGUGCCUAGCAAAAAAAGUGGAAUUGACUUUUGUGAAAUCAAUUCUUGUGAUGAAAGCCUGGAGGAAUCUGUUCUGGAUAUUAGCUCCAAAGCAGCUGCAAAAGAUCAUGGCACAUAUAUCUAUAAAAGCUUGUUUUUCCUCAUAGUAAUGGGUAUUGGUACAUAAAUGAAAAGGAUGUAUCAAAUUAGCUAUCUAGAUAUGGUAACAUAGCAUUCUGUAGCAAAAAAAAAAGAAAGAAAAAAAAAGUGUUUUUUUUUUGUUUGUUUGUUUGUUUUGUGAAUGUAGUUGUAUAAUAUUAUACUACAGAGACCAAAAACAUAUAAAGCUGAGGGUUUAAACUAACAGGCUCAUAAACCGAUAUUUGAAAUGAACUAGAGGUUAGGAAUUGGUAUUGGUUCUUUGGAAACAUCUCUUCACUGUACUUUACACAAGUCAUCUCAGUCAUUUAAACUCAGUCUCAAUCCCAUCUGGUUGUGAAUCUUUGUAAAUAAUGCUAAAUUACUGAGGUCUGUGAUGAGGAAUCUUUACUAGCAAAAUGGGAAAAUAUUGUACAUUUAGAAAAGACUCCAGUAUUUCAGUGUGUAUUUCUUUUGCAUGUGGUUGAGUACUAACCCUUUGGGUUUUCCUCAUAUUAUUCUAAUAAUAGUCUUUACUAUUAAGUGUCACAAAUAAGUGUCACUAAGUUAAUUAAGACUGAUAUUUCAGGAUGCUCUUUCAAUCAACUGCUGUUUUAUAUGCUACUUGUAUUAAAAUGAGUACAAUAGCCUGUCAUUGAUCAGCAAAUCAGUAUGUUUGCAAUAUUUCAGAAAUGAAGUAUUACACAUGGAGCUUUAACUAGGUUAACUAGGUUAGAUCAAGUGCAGACAAUUAGUUAAUAGGGCUUUUUAGCUUCUGAGUGCAGUUAUUUUGUUUGCCAUUUUUCUGGCCUACAUUAAAACAAAAAAAAAAACAACUUUAAAAUGUGGCAUUAAUGCAGUUGUAAAGGCUGCAAAAACACAACAGCAUUAGAGGUGUGAAAAUGUUUUUUGAACAAGGUUGACCCAGAUGUUUUUAAAGAUAAGCAUAUGCUAUAGAUGCUUAAGGUGUCAAAACACAUACACAAAAAAGUAAAAGGAUUCACUGAUCUACAGAGGCAAGGGCAUAGAGCAUCUCUCUAGUUUUAGAAACAGGUAUCAUUUAGGGGCUGUGAUGAUUUUUUUCUGUUGUUUGGGAGUUUUACAGAAAGCAACAGCUUCCAUAAUGCAAACAAAAUUGGUAAUACUGAUGGCCAAAUAUGAUUGUGUUUCCCCUUUAAGUUCAGAUCUGGCAAAGCACUUGAACACAUAGAAAAUGUGCUAUUGCUUUAAUUCAUAAAUAAUUUAAUUAAUAAAAGGCCAACUUGGUCUUUCUAGCAUUUCUUACAUUGCCCCUAAUAGAUUUGGUUUUGGACAACUCAGGAGGAAGGAAAAUCAGAACGAAUAUUUUUAUUGCUGUUCUUAUCCAGUAGGGUAGUCUCUAUUUUCCAGGUCCUUUUAAAUAUUUGCAAAGAAAUGUUUCAAAGAGUCCCAAAGAAAUUUUACAUUGCCAAGUGCAUGUGAAAGCAGGAAGUGAAAUAGGGAAAUCUUUGCUUAUCAGACCACUUGAUUUAAGUUAUUCUGUUUUGCCAUAUUAAGCACCACUUUUGGACUGCAUCCACAAGGGAAAUAAAACAGAAUCAUACUACGCCUUUUAAUUCAGGCGUUUUUUCAACUGCAUACUAUUUUUUAAGAUACUGCGUCUAUUUUUAUAAGUGGUAUAAAUAGAAAUCAGGUAGUUUCAACAUCAAAUGACAAAUAUUUGCAUUUCUGUUUUAAAGAGACAGGAAACUACAUGCAGUAACUUUUAGAUAGGGUGGCCUCCCCCUUCCCCCCCCUCCGCCUUCUGUAAUUCUUCUUAUAAAAAUGUUUUCAUAUUUUAUUCAGCUUUUGACAAGAAUUUUUAUUUGUAUCCUAAGACACUUUUCUUUAAGGAGUUACUUGCUCUAGAAGGUUUGGGUGCUGAGCAAGGUAUGUGUCUUGACCAGCCUCACAGGAACAAAGCACAGCUAUCAAAUGUGCAAGAGCACACUGAGAAGCUUUCCUGAGAGAGAUGUCAAAAAGCAGCCCCAAUCCUUUGCAGUUCUCUCCUACAGCACAGAUCUUUUCAAGGGACAAGAAGCUUCCAAAGGACAGAACUGGAGCUUGGAGAUUUGUGGCCUAGUAGAUCAGCAGCUUAUCAAGAGUUUCCGUGACUUCACUGCGAAUGGACCAUGAUUCAGCAAAUGAAACAAGCCAGGUUUCAGCUACUGUAGCAAUCUGUGAUUGAUAUUGAAGGUGAUAAUAGAAAAGACAGUACUUGGUAGCACUGCUGGUUCAUUCAGUUAAGGACUCUGCCAACAGGCUGCAACAAUAUUUAGUUACGCAAUCCAUUAAAGUUGGUUAACUUUUGUGCGUUAGGCUUCUUGAUCCAUUCUCCCUCCCACCUCCCCUUUUAUAGAAUAGCCUGUAAGAAUGAAAAAGGAAGAGAAAUUCCUCUUCAAAACAGGUUGCUGUAAUGCUGAAAGAGCAGGCGGGUCAAAUUCAGGGUUUUACAAGUGGGCAAAGCACCAGCAUCAUUGAGCAACGCAGGGCCAUCGGGACAACUUCAAUGUCCUUAACUGUUUGUCACUAGCAAUCUAUUAAUAAACACGCUAUUCUGUUCGGCAUUA